AAGAAGAAUUGUUUUACUUGUGAAUUUGAUUAAUGGAAACCCUUGGUCGACUUUAAAUUAUCUGAGCAAAAAAUUAUUACAAUUUAUUUACGGUGAUAUUAAACAUUUAUUUACUAUUAUAUCAUACUAUUCCGCAAAAUGGUGCAGCAAGAGGCAGUGAUUGUAAGGAACGCUAUAAAGCGUUAUCAGAAAGAAUUGGUGUUCAAUGGCCUGAAUAUGACUGUUUCAAGAGGUUCCAUCUAUGGACUAUUAGGAGCCAGCGGAUGUGGAAAAACCACACUACUGUCUUGCAUUGUCGGAAUUCGAUAUCUCGACAGCGGAGAAGUGUGGGUUUUGGGAGGAAAUCCGGGCAGCAAGGACUCCGGUAUCCCUGGGCCUCAAGUAGGUUACAUGCCGCAGGAGAUCUCCUUAAUCGAAGAGUUCACCAUGAGUAGUGCUCUAUAUUACUUCGGCAGAAUUAACGGGCUCGACAAUGAGGAGAUUGAGACGAGUCAAAGGUUUUUGUCGGAGUUAUUGCAAUUACCUCCAACAAAUCGCCUAAUAAAAAACAUGAGUGGAGAUCAACAGAGAAGAAUUUCUCUUGCCGCUGCGAUGAUUCACAAGCCCGAACUUUUAAUCCUGGACGAACCCACUGUGGGCUUGGAUCCAAUUUUGAGGGAGAACAUUUGGGCCUAUAUGAUUCAGAUUACGCAGGAGGAAGGUACCACCGUGCUGAUCACAACGCACUACAUCGAAGAAACUAAAGAUGCUAAUAAAAUCGGUUUAAUGAGACAUGGUAAAAUGUUGACGGAAUUAACACCGCAGAAAUUACUGGAGCGAUUUCAAUGUUCGUCUUUGGAGGAGACUUUCUUGAAACUGUGCAAAGCACAGGAUAAUACAGCUUCUUUAAAUGACGCUCAGGAAUUUAAAAUGGAAGAUAUUGAUAGUGACGUUUCGUAUCAAAACCAAAAUCAAUAUGAACAAACAAAAGCAACCUUGGAGUAUAAACCGGUUUCAAAGCGCCAAGUUUCGCGAUUGAGAAGAUUCACAGCUUUAUUAACGAAGAAUGGCAAUCAAUUUUUACGUUUUUAUGGAGGACUAGUGUAUGCAAUAUUGUUUCCGAUAAUCCAAGUCAGCAUAUUUAUUGUCGCAAUUGGUAAAGAUCCAAAAGGAUUGAAAAUUGCGGUUGUCAAUGAUGAAGUUGGCAACUGCGAUUACAACAAUUUUAGUAAUGUUUGGAAUGACGAAAUUACUUGCCACUUUAGUAACCUGAGUUGUAGGUUCUUGCAUAGUUUUAAUGACUCCAUCGCAACACAGAAAUAUUAUGACGAUAUUUACGAGGCGACUUAUGCCGUACAAAAUGAAAAACUCAAUGGUUUAAUGUAUUUUAGUCAAAACUUUUCCGAAGCUCUUCAGAUACGAAUGGAAGAUGCCACUUCAGCGAAGGAUUCCGAUCUUCUUGCCAGUCAAAUUCAAGUUUUUCUAGAUAUGAGUGAUAUGCUAAUUGGAUUACAUAUACAAAACAAGUUAUUCUAUCGUUUCUUAGAAAUUUAUGAGGAAGUUAUGAAAGAUUGCAAAUAUUCGCCAAAAUUGGCCAAUCUGCCAAUUCGAUUUGAAAAACCCGUUUAUGGUACGACAGAUCUCAAUUAUGCAGAUUUCAUAGCACCAUCAUUCAUGUUAAUACUUAUCUUCAGUUUAGCCAAUACAGUCUCUACCUCCCUGAUAAUUGCAGAUCGAUUAGAGGGUAUUUGGAAUCGAAGUAUAGUCCAAGGGGUCAAAACAGAUGAAAUCCUAGUGUCUCAUAUUCUUAUUCAGAGCAUCAUCAUAAUCAUUCACACCGCUAUGAUAAUGCUCUUAUACUUUUCUAUAUGGGAAUUGGAAUGUAAAGGAUCAAUAUUUGACAUAAUAAUCCUCACAUUUCUUAUGGGUUUUUGUGGAUUGAUGUACGGUUUCGUAAUUUCUAUUAUGUGGAAAGAUUACAUAAUGGCGAAUUUCACUUCGAUUGGAAGCUUUGUCGUAUUAAUAUUCUGUAGUGGAUGUAUAUGGCCAAUAGAAGGAAUGCCAAAAGAGCUUCGAUGGAUCAGCUAUAUAUUACCAACUACUUUGCCCUCUAUAUCUAUGAGAGGAAUAAUCUACAAAGGUUAUUCUGUAUUUGAACAACAAGUUUAUAUUGGUUUCAUAAUAGUUGUGGGAUGGAUAUUGUUUUAUUUUAUCGUAACUAUAGUUAGUUUAAGACGGAAGACCUUGUAAUAUUAUUUAAAAUGUCUAAAGAAAAUUCUUUAAAAGGAAAACAAAAGCAGUCUGACAUAGACUGCAAAGUUUAAAUAGAUGUAUACGUAGAA